GCACGUGUCCAUCCUUCACGACACGGAAGGAAAACCCCAACAUAUUUAGAGGCUGCUUAACUUGACACGCGAUAUCGUACGAUCAUUUCCGUUUUUCAUUCAUUGUUUAUAUUCAGGCUGUUGUGUACUAAGCCAUUAGGCUCAUUUUGACUGAACACUUCUGUCUGUAACCACGAUAUACGAGAGAGCUCAGAUAUAAUAUUAAACCAUGAACGCUACAUGUAGUAAUCUAUUGAGGCACGUGAUCUUAUCGACACGAAAAGACAUCAGUAGACGUUUUCAAACAUUUUCACCGCUCAAGUACCAAGUAAAAUCCAUAAGGGCGACCACGCCCCCCUCGGAAGAUAUGUUGAGGGUGUUGGGCGCACUUCGUCAGGACGGUCAAUUCAGACCACGUGACAAGGAUACCUUCAACACAGUGGGGAAGACAAUUAAAGGAUCGAAGCAGUUGGAAAUAUUCAGGAAACUAUUAAAACAUGAACCAGUGUUAUUGGACAGACAACCAAUUUUCGGAGAUUUUAUGGUUGCCCAGGUGCCGUCGAUUUUGAAACCAGCACCAACAAAUUUACCGAUAACAGCGACAAAAAAGAUGAUGCGAAGAUUAAAGACAAAACGUUUACAAACAAAAGAAGACAGUAUAAACCAAUUAACAUUUACAGUGUAGGGUAGAAAGUAGGCUGUAAUAGGUUAGAGAUGUUGUGUACCGUUAACAGUAACAUGAACUUUUAGGAUGAUGUAAGUUUCAUUCUAAAAUGUAAAUUAUUUAUUUUACAACAAUUUCAAAAUGAAAUGUAUCAACUGGUAUUAAUCACUCUUGUCGGCCCGGAUUGAAGCGCGCGAGGGAUCUUACUGAGGAAUGAAACCAGGGAAUACGGAGAAACCCGACGUGAUCGGGCAGGUGACCACAUACUUAUUCAGUCUGAUCGGGGAACCGAAGCCUGACCGCCUAGGUAACCAUAAGUGUGCAAUUCUAUCUUACAAGGAACUUUCACAAAUAGUUUUGAUGUAGUGUUUUAAAACAGUACAAUAAUGGGAUACAACCAAGGGUGAGGUUGAACAGUUAUGUACGUCUAUGUUAAAUCUUCUUUACAAGACACCGUUAAAGCGAUCAUAUCAGAUACAUAUAGCCAAUAUAUUUAUAUAUUUACAUGCCCAUGUUUGUUUUAUUAAGUAUGAUAAGGAAGCAUUUAAUGACGGGGAAGUUAUAUUAUCAAUCUAUACGCCUGCUCUCCACACUUCUAGUGUGUGUUAACGGGGGACCAUACCGGAGACUGUACAUCCGUACUGAGGAGGUUAAACAAAUCUAGGGGGUUCUCUGAUUGUUUACAAACAUUAUUCUUGUCAGGGUAUAGUGUAAACAUACUUUUCUGUAAAUAGUAUUAUUGGUUGUGAGGUGUAAAGGGAGAUAACCAUGAUUUGAUUUUAUCUUCAAUAGAAAACAUCGCCGUUAGUGAUUGUACUAUGUACUUAUGGCGAUGUUCAGUGUAAUCAGCCGGUGGUAUCCGGUGGAUUGAAGAGUGGAAAUAAUUGCGUGUGUCUUUUGGGAUUUCAUAUAUAUAAACUUCUAGAUUAUUUGUUUGAAAUAGUUGUUUGUAAAGUAUUCAUGUUUUCGUUUUUUUUUUUUUUUGUCUGAAUAUAUUAUAGUAACUUGGUUGUAAAACGAUUGAUUUCGUGUGAUUAUGUUAUACCGUUUUUUUUUUUUGAGGUUGUAUUACGGUGUAAUGAGUCACUGUCGAGUGUUGUAUUUAGGGAUUGUAUACGGGUGAUCAAUAAAUGUCUCACUUGUUA